GACGCGCCCUCUAGCAGUGGCAUGCCCUGUGUAGUGUCACGGAGAUUUUAACACCAUCCUUUAGAAUGUUGUACCCAUCAGUGGCUGUGUGCUUGCUCAUGCUAGGUGUCGCCUUCUGUGCGCCGGAACGGGUAACCAACGAGCAGGAACACGAGGAGGCGCACGGGACUGACGCGCGUGCCGUGCCGCUCGAGAAACGAUCGCCGCACUAUGACUUUGGACUCGGAAAGCGCGCGUACAGCUACGUUUCCGAGUACAAAAGGCUGCCGGUGUACAACUUCGGAUUGGGGAAGAGGUCUCGACCUUAUUCGUUUGGCCUCGGGAAACGCUCCGUCGACGAUGAUACUACUGAAGAGUACGGAAAUGAAGACCAGGACGAGUCUUUGGCCGAACUGUUUGACCAGUACGAUUCUGGCCCAGUUUACGAAGAGAAACGAGCUCGCCCAUACAGCUUUGGACUCGGAAAACGGUUCGUCGACGACGAGGCAGAAGAAAAGCGCGCGAGAAUGUACGACUUCGGACUCGGAAAACGCAUGCCGCUCUACAACUUCGGUCUAGGGAAGCGAGCGCGGUCCUAUAACUUCGGCCUUGGAAAACGACUCAGCAGCAAAUUCAAUUUUGGACUCGGAAAACGGCAAAGGGACCUGCACCGUUUCAAUUUCGGCCUCGGAAAGAGAUCGAACGAAGACGUUUCUCUUGACGACAGUAAUGACUAUUAUGAGGGUUAACUUGUUCGUUGUUUUCGGGGGGUGGGUAAUGUAUCAUUUUGGCCUGCCAUACGGAAUUAGUCCCAAAUAUGCGUGGAAUUAUUUUUACACUCUAAGAAGCUGACACCGCUUAUAAAGUGAAAUGAGCUUGCACUUAAUCUAUGCAAUGGGAGAAAAUUCAAUAAACUAUCAAAAUUAAGUGUAAGAGGCUAUUCUCUAAGCCUCUAACGCUAUCUGUAAGAUGAAUUGUUAAUUCGCAAACGGGACUAAAUCCGGAUGGCAUGGAAUACCGAAUAUUUUUUUUUGGGGUCAAACAAUAUGGACAUAAUGCUAGUGUUAAUUCGUUGUAUUUUUGAAGUUUUAAAGUAGUGUUUUAAUUAAACUUCUAUUUUUUAUUUGAUUAAUAUCGGAACAGUAAAAAGUUAAGAAGGAAUAUUCGUAACUCUCUGUGAUUUCCUUGUGAAAAACCCAGCCUAUUUUCACAGGUAAAUACCAAAAAGUUCUGAUUUAUUUACUCUUAAUGAAGAAAUCAAGUUAUCAUCUACUUCAUUUUGUAUAGUUUUAGUAAUC